AUGUCCGAGUUGUCAAUUGUGGGUGUGCCGUUGCGCGUGGGCGAUAGAUUUGAGCCACGUCUGAGCAUGCGACGCAUCUUUAAUACGAAGAGUUUUCGCGCGCAGCGCUAUAGACAUGAGGUGGCCAAUCAUUAUCGCGACUUUAAGUUGCAACAAGCGGCAGCAGCUGCGGGCAACCCACAAUUUACGCAGCAGCGUUGCGGCCGCACUGUUGGGCGUGGGCGUCGUCCUUGGUCCCGUCGGCUACCCAUGGCGACGACAGCGUCAUUAUCAUCAUUAGCCACAUCAUAUGCACAAUUCCGUUGUGUGCUGCCCACCCACGUGCAUUACUUCCCAAGAUUCGGCAUUACGUAUGCGCCCCGUGGCCGGCAAACAAUUUGCACAGCAAAGCCACCGGAUAGCACCUACAACGAUACACUGCGUCGCAUACGCAGCGCGCACAGCUGCGAGCAAUUGAAGUUGCUCGUGCAACGUCAACUCACCUGACCAAGCGCUGCGUCGACCAAAAGAGUAACAAUUAGCAACGCUGCUAGGACGGCAGCAGCAGCAACGUUAAUAAGCGCAAGGACGCGCCACAAAAGUGAGCAACAACAUGACGACCGUGACGACAGCACAAGUAGCAAUUAUGAACGCCGCUUGCUAAAUAUUAAUACGUCAAAGCUGGAAAACCUACAACAGCGACGACGCAUCGAUCUAUACACGUAUGUGCAACUGGCCAGCGGCUACUACGAAAGCGGCUUGCAAGCUAACAUCAAGUAUUUGCAAUCGAUUGGACAGCGUAAUGCAAUAAACCGUCAGCAGAAACAGCAGCAGCAGCAGCAAAGACACAGACGUCGCCACUCAUUGGAUGCCUGGCAGCAGCAGCAGCAGCAGCAGCAGCAACACAGCGCUGAAGCCGAGAGUGCAAUUAAAUUGAAUGCGCUUUUAAGAAGUUUGCAUAAGCCGAACGAGGCAAGCAGCAGCAGCAGCAGCAGCAGCAAACAGGCAGCUGGCAUACGCGUGCAUAUAACAAAGCCUCUAACUAGUGCUAGCAUGUAUGAUUCUGCUCACAGCGAUAACAGUAGCAACAGCAACAGCAACAGCAGCAACAUUGCGGGCACAGCAACAAUUGUCGAUCAGCAGCAGCAGCGCAAGAUUUUCGAAAUCAUCGACAACUUAAGCCAGUUGAGCUUAUGCGAUAGCAGCAGUGGCAAUCAAUUGCCGCUCAUUACGUUUACGGAUUAUACGCAACAGGUGGCGCUGUAUGGCGCCAAUAUUGAAAUCGCCAGCAGUCGCCGUUUGCAAGCGCCCAACGUAGCACAAACCCCACAUAAAAAAAAAAAAAAAAACAGCACAGACAACAACAACAACAAGUGCAAUUAA